AUGAAGUUUGAGAACAUUCUAGCCAAUAUUAAUGGAUUUGGAAAAUUUCAGAUAAUGAUACUUGUGAUCACCUUCAUCGGACGCUUCACAUUGCCCUGCCACUUCAUGCUUAACAACUUCAUAGCGAAUGUUCCCUCUCACCACUGCAACAUCAGCUCUCUGGAUGAUGGAGGAAUUUUUAGGAAUUUAUCCGAGGCAGAGAGGCUUGUUGUAGGCAUUCCAGUCCAUGAAGAUGGGACUCCAAACUCCUGUCAGAUGUUUGCAGAGCCUCAGUAUCAUCUGCUGUUCAACUCUUCCAACAUAACUGAACUCCUCACAGUGCCGUGCCAGAAUGGAUGGGUGUACGAUAAGGCCACCAUCAACACUACUGUGACCUCACAGUGGGACCUGGUGUGUGAUAGAAGAGGGAAAAACAAACUAACUACUAGCAUCUUUUUUGUUGGGGUGAUGUUUGGAGCUGUGACCUUUGGAAGUCUGAGUGACAGGUUUGGCCGAAGGAUCAUGCUGCUGGUGUCGUAUGUGUCUGGAAUGUUCUUUGCUGUUGGAAGUGCUUUUUCUACAUCCUACACGGCGUUCGUAGUGCUGAGGUUCUUGACUGGGUUUUGCAUCACCGGCAUCAUCAUUGUUACAACAGUCCUCAAUGUGGAGUGGGUGGACAUCGAGCACAGGAAACUGGUUGGGGUGAUGGACAGCUUAUCGUGGACAUUUGGGAGCAUCAUAUUUGCAGCUAUUGCAUACUUUGUUACUGAUUGGCGGAGACUAGUUGUAACUGUCACCUCACCUCUACUCUUGGCCAUCUUCACCUGGAGGUGGAUGCCAGAGUCGGCAAGGUGGCUCAUUGCCAAUGGAAAGCUGGAGCAAGCUCAGCUAUAUUUAAAAGAAUGUGCCAAGAUGAACCGAACAGAGGAGUUCAUGGAGACACUUAAAACAGAGUCGCUAGCCACUAUUGUUGUGACUGAGAAAAGAGACCGGCCCUAUUCGUACCUCGAUCUUAUACGAACACCAAAAAUGAGGAAACUGGCCCUACGCACUGGUAUAGUCUGGUUUUGCGUGGCAACUACAUUUUAUGGCAUCAGCUUCAACAUCACAGGCUUUGGGCUCAAUAUCUACCUCACUCAGUUUACCUAUGCUGUAAUUGAGCUCCCAGCCAAAGUAGCAGUUUACUACUUACUGGAUAAGAUAGGCAGGCGAUCCACAGAGGUGGGAGCUCUGCUGAUGGCUGCCGUCUGUCUUGGCAUCAACAUCGUAAUACCUAAAGAUAUGUCUGUUGUCAGAACAGUGGUGUCAGUCAUUGGAAAAGGGUUUUCUUCAGCAUCCUUUGCCACUAUUGUGCUCUACAGUUCUGAGCUCUAUCCCACUGUAGUAAGGCAGAACGGUAUGGGCUACAACUCCUUCAUGGCUCGACUUGGUGUAGCUGUGGCUCCUUUGGUUCUCUUACUGGAUGACGUGUGGAAGGACCUGCCCCAGGCCGUCCUGUGCGCUGUGGCUGUACUCGGGGGAGUUGUGGCAAGAACACUGUCAGAGACACGCAAAAGGUGCCUGCCAGAGACAAUCGAGGAUAUUGAAAAGCAUUGGUAG